UCUGUGCUCUCAGCACAAGGCUGGCACGCUGCUCUCUGUGAACACAGCCCUGCUCUCCCUGUCUCUUGACAGCCUGGAAAAAAGACCUCAACACUAAUCCUAAAUUGUCUGCAGCUUUAGCAGCUUUUCUUUACCUCCAUCGAAAGUUUUUGGUUUUUGGUGGAAGGAUAGAGUGAAAAGAGUAAGGCAGUCUUCCAUUUCCAAAGCUGCAUUUCGUCCAAGAUGGCACCUGUGAAAUUUUGGGUGGCAGGACUCCUGCUUGUGCUCCUGUGCCCAUCCCAGGUCCCUUUCUCUGCUGUAGUAAGUGCCCAAGACUUGAGUGAAUUGGAGGAAAGCCUCCAUGCUAGAAAUGCUGAGGAGGCUGUGGCUGAAGAGGGAGAAACAGCUGAGGGUGAUGAUGGCACUGAGGAAGAUGAUGAACAGUUUGCAGAGGAGAAAGAUGAUGAAGAAUCAGAUAAUGAAGUAGGGGCUGAUGAACAGGUUGCAGCAGAUGAAGAACAGAAGGCUGAGGAGGAUGAGGAUGAUGAUGAUGAUGAGGAGACAGCAGAGGAAGAGGUCAAUGCUGAUGAUGAGGAAGAGGAGGAGGAAGAGGAAGAAGAUGAAAAUGAGGCUGCUGAUGGAGAAAACGAGGAUGAUGAGGAAGAAUAUGCAGCAGACGAGGAGGACGAGGAUGAAGAUGCCGAUGAGAAGGAUGUCGAGGAGGCUCAUGAGGAGGCCGAAGCUGAUAAUGAGGAAGAAGAGGAGAAUGAAGCAACUCAUGGAGAGGAGGAAGAGGAGGCUGACGGUGCUGAAGAGGAUACACCUGAGGAUGACGCCGAGGAUGAAGAUGAUGAGUCUGAAAGUAAAGACACAAAUGAGAACCAGGGUGACUCCGACGAAAAGGAGGCCAUUGCUGCCACACCACAGUUCCACUCUGGGUCUUUGUGUAGUGUCUGCUCCAUCUGUGAGCAUUGCUCUGAUAAUUGUGCCAAGUGCCCUUGUGAAGAAGGAGAUGAGUCAGAUCACUGUGCACACUGCCAAGACUGCUCAUCCUGCUACAUUUGUCCCAUUCUUUGUGACACAGUGUGCACACCUGGUGGCCUUGUUGAUGAGCUAACCGGGUCCCUUUUUCAGACUGUUGCCUCACUCCUCUAAGCUCCCUGCAAACUGUGUCCAUUUGGUCAAUCAGGAUGUGGUUCCUAGGAGGUUGUCAUGAAUUAUGCAAACAAAAGCAGAAAUGUAUUUAUGUUUUUAAAUCUCACUUAAAUAAAUCUUUAACUAGUCUUGUAAGAAGAACUUAGAUUGCACAGGUUUUCCGUUCAUAAUUUGUUUGUUGUCUUGUUUCUUAGUGUGUGUGUGUGUGUGUGUGUGUGUGUGUGUAUGUGUAUGUGUAUUAGCAUUUCUACUAAAGUCCCCAAAAUUCCAUAAGGUGAUAUUUUUACCUCUGCCAAAGAGAUUCUGUGAUUGGUUCAAGUUUGUGUGUUUGCCUGUCUGUUUGGUAGCAAAAUUACUCAAUAAAAUAUGAACAGAUUAGUAUUUAAAUUUUAGAAGUGGGUAAAAGUAAUUCACUUUUGGAGUAGGUCUGGAUCUUGAUCUAAGAAAUAUAUUUUUUGAAGAAUUAUUUUCCAUUGUGAGGUAGGGCAAAAUUGUAUAUUUACAUUUCCAAUUAGAUUUCAAAUUGGAAAAAAAAAAAAAAAAAUGAGAACAUUAACCCGAUUUCAAGAAAAUAUCCCAACUAAUCUGGAUCCAGAUCUCCAUCUGGAUACAGGAACUGAAUCUGUGCAAGGUUGCAGCCAUCUAUGAAAUGUUUUUCCUUUUUUAUUUAACUUGUAAGCAUUGAUGUUAAAUUAGGCUAAAUUAUUUCACCCUUAUAUUAAACCAGUGCUGUAUAUCCACCUGAGUGAUUACUAUGUUCUGAAAAAAGGCCUGAACCCAUGUUCUGUGUCUCCCCCAUGCUGGUUUAUUGUUGUAUACACAGAAGGCCCCCUCCCAUUGCUUACCAUAGUCUAUAUUACUAACGUGAAACAUACUGAGGCAGUUUGUCGCCCUUUCCUCACUGAUGGACUAAAUGGAAACAAGUUUUUAAUGUGACACUUCAAACCAAUGCAUCACUUUUCAAGCCUUAGAGACCUGAAUUCUGGAGAGUAAAGGUUUGAUCUGUCAGACUUUCAGCAGUUCCCCUUGAAGAUGUAUCUCCCCACUCUUGUACUGAUGUUUUCUCUUAACCAGAAUUCAAACCUGAAAUAUUUUAUCCAGGAAUAAAUAUAAAAUAUGAAGAUAAGCUGCAAUGAAGCAGUCAUGUGGACAAUUUUAAU